AUGGACGACAACGUAGCUACCUCCACGGCUCAAGCAACGGACAAGAAAAAGCUCCCCGUCUACAACCACCGUACGAACGAUGAUCCGUCGACACGAUCUGCAUCGUUAUCGUCAGCAUCGUCAUGUUCAUGUUCGCGUGCGGCCCCAUAUUCUGGUCAAGAUCAGUUUGACGCACAGCCUGCAAACUCAUCGGUAUCAAGCAAUGGCCCAGCUCUGCAUGCUAUAAAUGCUCCUGGUCAGGCAGCGGCAACGGGUGCCAAGGAAGGUCCCGGCCCUUACCCCUUGCGACCAAGGCCCACUCACGGCGCGGUGGUGAAACAAGCACUCAGCGUGUUAAAGUCUUCCGCAUCGCAUCCCGGUCGCGCCGGUAUGCCCGUCCUGUCGGCAUCCCCGUCAUCUUCAGCUCACACCUCAGUCCCUCCCGCGAAGGAACUACCCAUCCCAGUUCGCUGUCAGCACCGGGGGUGCUCGAAUCUGGCAAGGUACGGACCUCUGGACUCUCCACCUUGCACCUGUCAGUUGCAUAAGAGGGUGGGCCAGUUCACCACCAACCGCCACGGAGCACUGUUCAGAGCCACCCGUGAAGGAAACGCUUUCAGGAAACUGGCGGCAGCUACCGCCAAGUCUCCUCCGCCAUGCAGCAUCAACAAAGGUAACUUGGCGGCGUCGGACCAAUCCCGACUACCUUCGACAGGAAGCAGCGGCGCGCCCUCUUCCUCAUCCCACCCUAAGCCGGGGAAGACAUCUGGCACUCGGGGGCAAGUGUUGAAACGCGCCAACCGGCCGGGGCUAUCCGGUGGGAACAACCGUGAGAGCCAGUCGUCGCGGGAUAGCGCCUGCCUCUUCCCAGGAUGUGACGCUCGGCCCGACUACGGCCUGCCGGGUGCAACGCGCGCCGUGUACUGCUUCUCCCAUAAGAAGGGCCCAAUGGUGCAACUCUUCAAGGAAACGCCUGCCCUUCCAGACAGUGCUGGGAAGGCAACCACGGGCAAACCUCGCAGCCAGGUUCCCACUGAAUCAUCAUCAGCAGCAGCAGCAGCAUCAGCAGCAGCAGCUGCUGCUGCUGCAUCAGUUGGAGCCAAAAAAAAACGAGCGCCGAGAAACAUUGAUCGCAAUGGGGCUAAGAACGCGCGACGAGGGCGACAGGAAACGGAGGAAGACAAUAACGCCGAUGGCUCAGGCACGCACAAAAGCGAAAAGAGGAGUUCGGGUGGAAAGGACGAACGGGGCGCGAUUUCCAGCUCCACGGUGACUGGGGAAAACCUGACGAAAACGACCGCUAAACCUGCUGCAUCGUCCCUCCCAUCUCCAGCUCCCGCCGCCGAACCCAAACCCCCCUCUUUUCCCAAUAACCGGCUGGCCGACUCGUCGGGGAUGGCCCCAUCUGUAGAGUUUCUCGUCCUUAGGCAGGCGAGGGAGGAUGCCAAGACGGAGGCCGAGGCCAGCGGCCUAGGCAGAAGGCCCCGCGCGCCGUCACGGCGGGCGCUGGAGGCGGCGGGCCGGCUGAAGGGCACUGGUGCACAAUGGAUGAGUCGCGAGAAAAAGGCGGAGGAUCUGAGACUCAAGGCGGAGCUGAGGCUGCAGCGUAAGCGGUACCAGGCGGCAGGCCUGAAGUCUGGGGUUGUGCUAGAGAUGUUCGUACCGGCGGCGACCGGGACCGAGGCAGCGGGUGAUGGGAUAGAGGAGAGGGAUGGGGAGGUAAGAGGAGAGGGGGGAGCAACGACGCCCAUAGGUAGUAACCCCGGAUGGCAGAAGGUUUCGCCAGAAACUCUCUCAGCGGCUUCUCCAAAGCAGCACAGUACGGGACAGAGGAGAGAAAGUUCCGUAGGAACAGGACAGAAGCCUUCAAAGCAAGUCAGGCCCACCACUGUAGCGGAGAGCGGUUAGCUCCAAGACUUUUACCACAGUGUACGGUACGGCAUGAGUGCUGGACGCUGCGUCGACCGACGGCGUGGCGUCGUGCUGCUGCUGCCGCCGCCAAUCCCUUCCGGAAUCGAGCAGGUAAGAAUGAUGCUAGCCAUCCAGGGAACGAGGAGCUGGUACUGCUCUCCGAGCAAUCCUCGAGCACGUACGUUUUAUCAUUUGUAGGGAGAAGGGGAACAGGGAGACAGACCAAGAGCGACAUUAAAAUGACACCGAGGUGCUCCCUAUGCGUGGCGUGCGCCGAGAAAGUACUAGACUAAUAUGUUCUUUUUUUGGGUUGUUUUGCGUUUCUUUGCACACAGGGGCACGCACAUCGACGAAGGCCGUAUAUAUGCCCCCGUUGAAUGCAGUCACUCGGCGUGCUCUGGCAGGGUAGGGUAUGACGGAUGACGUGAGGGUGCAGGGCUUAGAGGUUGCAUGUGAAGGAUUUUUCUGCCUGGAGGAAUGUUUUCGUAGUCGCAAACGUGCGGAGAGGUCUCAAGGCUAGCGUCCGGUGGCUGGAACGAUUGUCAGGAGCGCUAUCUUGGCCGAAAGAACAGAGUUUCAUGCUGUCUGUGUUCAACUGUAGUUGCUCGAAUUGGAAUCGUAGAUUGUGUUUCGAAGCGGCCGUGUUGUGGUACGGGCUACAGCUUGUUUGGAAAAAACAGGUAGUUGUUUUGUGUAGGCAUUCACGAAAGGUUCGCCGAUUGGAGAUCCUAGAAGGUUCCGGUCAAAUUCCGCGUCGUAAGUACGUAGUUGCGGUCACGCUGCUUGAUGACGCCAGACUUGCGCAUCUGCCGAAUUACAACAUAGGUUGGGGGCCCGGUAUUGUUUGAGACUGAUUCGUGGAUAUUCAUGUGUAAAUUACGUACUGUCAUCUGAAGGCACAUAGACUAUACCAAUAUGCAUUAAUGAGCCGUU